AUGCAAGAAAUGUUCGAGGUGCAAAUCGUGCGACGACGAAACGUGGGUUCCGGGCUUCAGGCGCUGCGUCGACGUUUCUACAUGGCUGUGAGCGAUCAGAACUUGACAAUCACGGUAAAAGCACCGUCGCUAUGUUCCUUUGCUGUGCUCUCCAUCUCGUCUAAACGUAUCAAAGUCGUGCGAGUUCGGGGAAAAAUACUGCGUGUUGUAGCUGUCAGCGGUAAUGCUCUUACAGUUCGUUUGCGAGAUCAGACGAUAGCGCUCCGCGCUGCCGAAAUCAUGAUGAAUACUUGGGGCAUUGACCCGCUUGUGGAAACUAGCGAUGCAAAGACUAAUAGAGAACCCCAAUGUGGUAUAGAUGACAUCAUAAAGUUCUACAUGAACGACUGUGAAUUUCGGCAGCUGGUGCACGAAAUUCAUAACCACUUGGAAUCGGUUUUGUCUCGGGAAGGUUGGGUCGCCGACGUAUAA